GUCAUGGUCGACCAAACUGGCCCAGUCCCAGACACAGAUUUUCUACCGUUGAGUGAGCCCCUUCAUAGAUCUACGGGUUGAAAAAUCUCAGUUUUCCCUACACGUCCAGAUUUCCAUCAUCAACGAACUUACUGUCUUCCUCACCACCAUGUCCACCGCCAUCCAGUCCGAUCCAUACGCUCCGUUUUUGGCAGAAGCUUUCCAGGAGUUCCGAAUAUGGAUGAAUCAAAACAAGGCCAAGUCACGGUUCACCGAGGAGAAGCGCACGGAAUAUUGCCACUGGAUUAGGAACCCCGACCUGAAACCAGAGCCGGGUCCCGAUCAGCAGAGACGGUGGAAUCAUAAAUAUGAGGCAGUGCUGCACUAUCGCAUCCACGACGACGACGGCAAGUUGUAUCGAACUGCGACCGCCAAACGCGACCAGGGACGGGCUAACCGCAGGGUGAUUUGCGACUCGGAGAUUUUUGACCGGAUUCGAGAGGUUCACCUUGAACUUGGACAUGCGGGCGUCAACAAGGUGGCUUCGGCUGUAACCGAUAGAUAUCAUGGAAUUCGGAAGAAAGAGGUGGAUUGGCUGCUGAAGAGAUGCCAAACAUGUGUUCUGAAACGUCAAAACCGAUCCCAUACACCCCUCGAACCAGUUGUCUUCAACCCUCCUCUCGAGCGUAUUCAUACCGAACCAAUUGGUAUCGUCAGCCGCCCUCUUGAGCGUAUUCAGGUCGAACCAACUAGUGUCGUCAACCGUCCUCUAGAGCGUAUUCAGACCGAACCAAUUAGUAUCGUCAACCGUCCUCUUGAGCGUGUUCAGAUCGAUCUGGUCGAUUUCCGGCAUGAGCCUGACAGGCUGUACUGGUGGGUACUUUACAUUGAGGACCACUUCUCGAAGUUUACCUCACUGUAUCCACUGAAGAGCAAGGCGCCAAGAGAUGUUGCAGGUUGCAUGGCCCAAUGGAUUGCGGAAGAUCCCAAACACCACGAACUCAGGGCCUUAUCGGGCAAGCCAACGGGACGAUGCAGUACCACGUGCGGUGCUGGCAAAGCGAUAUGGAAAGAGAAGGAUUGGAUUCGAGGAGGUGGGCUUCGGCUUUACCGCGUAUCGCGUUGGCGAUUAACUGUCAAGGCCAUACCAGUCUGCGGAUGCGGAAGCCAUAUGAGGUUUUCUUUGGUCGGAACACACGGUGGGAUGAUGACAAGGCUCUUCCACGCCUAUCAGAGUACUCUAUGGCUACGCUUGGUGAUAUACCCGAUGAAGAGUGUAGUUCAGAUGGAGAGAAUGACGAAAUGCCUGAUCAAGAGUGUAGUUCAAGUGGAGAGAAUGACGGCGGAGAUGGGGAAGAACCUGAGCCAGUAUCUAGUGCUGAAGGCCCGGAGGAGUCAAUGACACCACUGGCCCAGCAGUUUCGAAAGAGGGUGUUUCAACUGUCGGUUCCACCCGCAGUUGUGCUGGAUGAUGGUGCAGACUCAAGACGAGUUCUGGGGAAAAGGGGAAGGCGGGGCUAAGGUUGA